AUCAUCCCUUCUCUCUCUAAUCCCCAGAUCAUCCCUCGUUUCGGGCCUCUGAAAGGCGGGAUAGUUGUGACCAUUAAAGGGUCUAACCUGGGCAUAAAGGAGGAGGACAUUAAGAAGGUGACGGUGGCUGGAGUGGACUGUGUUCACCAGGGGGACAGAUACUCUGUCUCCACCAGUGUUGUGUGUGAGAUCGGUCCGGUCCGGCCUCCUGCUUCACUGGACCCCCCAGGGCCCAUCAUCCAGGGGGUAGUGGAGGUAGAGGUGGAGGAGGGCAGGACAGGACGUUCAGAGGUCCUCUUCACCUAUAGGGACCCCAUCCCUGAGAAAGUUUCCCCCUCUACGGGCCCUGCGGGGGGAACAGUCAUCACCAUCUCUGGGAAACACCUGGAUACGGCAAACAAGGAUGAUGUCAUUGUCACCGUGGGUGGAACGCCCUGUGAAGUGUUGUCGUUUGGCAGUGAGAUCACCUGUGAGACAGGUGUAUACAAGGGACAAAAGGUUCCAUCGGAGACCCUGAGUGUCUCAAUGAGGUAUGGGAAGAGCACCACCAAGGACGUCCCUGGCUCCUUCCAGUACUCUGAGAACCCCAAACUCACUGACUACAGCCCCAAGACCAGCUUCGUAUGUGGAGGCAGGAGGAUCGUGUGUGUGGGCAGUGGUUUUGACCUCGUCCAGAGAGCCUCCAUGAAGGUGCUGCCCUCUGCUGAUGAUUUCUCUCAGUCCCCUCCCAUUGAGUUUAUCCAGUAUGCCGUACAUAAGAACGACACUGUGCUGCUGUUUGACAGUCCAGCGGUGAACAGGUCCUCUGAGACCCAGUCCUUUAGGACCUUCCUCCAGCUAGACAAAGUGGAAGAGGAACUGAAGACCUUUGUCUACCACCCCGACCCGUUCUUCAAUGAACUGACCAAGAACAUCAUCACUGAAACCAUCAUCAUCGUCACGGGUCGUGGUUUCAGCAAGGCCAUGACAGCUGAAGAAGCCCAGGCGUUCGUAGGAGAUGCGUCCUGUAAGGUGACCAUUCUGCAGGAUGACAAGCUGUUCCUGGAAGCUCCGUCCACCCAGCCCAGAGCCCGCUCCAAACGCCAGCGCAGAGACACCAGCUCCGACCCUUUGGACCUAACGAUAAAGUUUGGUAAUGGUGAGUGGGUGGUGGGCUCAGUGAAUUAUGAGAGGAAGUAUGAGGUUCCUUUGGCUAUCAUCAUCCCAGCUGUCAUCGUCCCUAUGCUACUGUUCAUAGCUGUGUCCGUCUACUGCUACAGGAGGAAGAGCCAGCAGGCAGAGAGAGAGUAUGAGAAAGUGAAACACCAGUUGGAGAAUCUGGAGGAGAGCGUGAGAGACCGCUGCAAGAAGGAAUUCACAGACCUGAUGAUUGAGAUGGAGGACCAGACCAAUGACCUGAGUGAGGCCAGGAUCCCCUUCCUGGACUAUAAAACCUACACAGACCGGGUCUUCUUCCUGCCCUCUAAAGAUGGGGACAACGACGUUAUGAUCACUGGCAAGCUGGACAUCCCCGAGGGACGGAAGGUCAUCGUAGCUCAGGCCCUCAACCAGUUCUCUAACCUGCUCAACUCCAAGACCUUCCUCAUCAAUUUCAUCAAGACCUUGGAGGGCCGUCCAGACUUUAACGCCAGGUCCAGGGUCUACUUUGCCUCGUUACUAACCGUGGCUCUGCACGGUAAACUAGAGUACUACACAGACAUCAUGAGAAGCCUGCUGCUGGAGCUGAUGGAGGAAUACGUGCACAGCAAGAACCCCAAACUCAUGCUGCGCAGGUCAGAGACGGUGGUGGAGAGGAUGCUGUGUAACUGGAUGUCCAUCUGUCUGUAUCAGUUCCUCAAGGACUCUGCGGGAGAGCCCCUAUACAAGCUGUUCAAGGCCAUCAAGCACCAGGUAGAGAAGGGUCCAGUGGACGCUAAGAUGAAGAAGGCCAAGUACACUCUGAACGACACGGGACUCCUAGGGGACGACGUGGAGUACUGCGUCCUGACCCUGCAGGUGCUGGUGCACGGGGAGGGACCAGACGUGACGCCGGUGAAGGUGCUAAACUGUGACACCAUCUCUCAGGUGAAGGAGAAGAUCAUUGAACAGGUGUACCGCAACCUGCCCUACUCACAGAGACCCAAGGUGGACAGUGUUGCUCUGGAGUGGCGUCCUGGCUCUACAGGGCAGAUCCUGUCAGACAUGGACCUGACGUCACAGAAGGAGGGCAGGUGGAAGAGACUCAACACCCUGGCACAUUACAACGUGAGAGACAAUGCCACGCUGGUGCUGUCCAGAGUGCUUCACACCCAUCGCCAGUUCCACCAGAACCAGGACAGCCAUGAAGAAAAAAACGCCCUGUUGGAAGAUGACAAGGUGUUCCACCUGGUGCGGCCAGCAGACGAGCUGGAUGAGGUCAAAUCUAAGAGAGGAAGUUUGAAGGCCAAGGCCACGACUAAAGCCAUCGCUGAGAUCUACCUGACACGCCUGCUCUCUGUCAAGGGUACUCUGCAGCAGUUUGUGGAUGAUUUCUUCCGCAGUGUGUUGUGUUCUGGAGCGGUGGUUCCUCCUGCUGUUAAAUACUUCUUUGACUUCCUGGAUGAGCAGGCUCUUAAACACGACAACGUUGAGGAGGAGACCGUCCAUAUCUGGAAGACCAACAGCCUGCCCAUGCGUUUCUGGGUGAACAUCCUGAAGAACCCUCACUUCAUCUUUGACGUGCACGUGACGGAGGUGGUGGACGCGUCGCUGUCCGUCAUCGCUCAGACCUUCAUGGACGCCUGCACCAAGACGGAACACAAACUGAGCCGGGAAUCUCCCAGCAACAAGCUGCUCUAUGCAAAGGAGAUCUCCACCUAUAAGAAGAUGGUGGACGAUUACUACAAGGGAAUCAAGCAGAUGGUCCCAGUCAGUGAUCAGGACAUGAACACACACCUGGCUGAGGUGUCCAGGGAACACACAGACACGCUGAAUACCCAGGCAGCCUUGCACCAGCUCUACCAGUAUGCCAGCAAAUACUAUGACGGGAUCAUCCAGUCUUUAGAUGAGGACCCAGCCGCCCAGAGUAAACAGCUGACCCUGCGGCUGCAGCAGAUAGCCGCCGCCCUCGAGAACAAAGUCACCGACCUUUAACCUCUGGCCCCCAGAGAGAGGGGGGAGGAGCUAUGGGACCACUCUGUAGACCAAGAUGAGGGGGACCAGAGACUGAGGCAGACUUCAGACUAUUACAGCAUCAACCAUGAAGAGUUACACAUAUCUCUUCCCCUUAGAGACAUGAGAAACUGUGGGAAACUAUUGCGUUUUGGGGAAAAUACUUGUGAAGGAGCAGAGCUACUGGGCCAAAGUGGGACUGGAUGAUCCCUAAUCUCUCUGUCUCCCUCUCUCUCUCUGACUCUAUGGAUCCUAUAGACUGAAUGAGCAAGGGCCUACAGUAUAGUCCCUGAGUGAGCUAGCAGACUGUAAACCCAGCCUACAGUAUAAUCCCUGAGUGAGCUAGCAGACUGUAAACCCAGCCUACAGUAUAGUCCCUGAGUGAGCUAGCAGACUGUAAACCCAGCCUACAGUAUAGUCCCUGAGUGAGCUAGCAGACUGUAAACCCAGCCUACAGUAUAGUCCCUGAGUGAGCUAGCAGACUGUAAACCCAGCCUACAGUAUAGUCCCUGAGUGAGCUAGCAGACUGUAAACCCAGCCUACAGUAUAGUCCCUGAGUGAGCUAGCAGACUGUAAACCCAGCCUACAGUAUAGUCCCUGAGUGAGCUAGCAGACUGUAAACCCAGCCUACAGAGGAUAAACGGUACACCACCACUGACCAACCAUAGCAACUAUACCUGUCAGUCUCAUGAUAUACAACCUGGUGUUGAUGACUUACAGCUUGUACAGAUAAUCAGAUGUUUAAUGUGCUCCAGAGUAGACCAGAGUUAGGAGAGUAGUGUUGUAUGUAAAUAUAUUUUUAUGGCACAGGCUUUAUGCAAAAGACGCUUUACAUACCAAGAUGAAAUUAUUUUUUAAAAGGAUGGAUGGGCACAACUAAGUUUGUUAAUUUGUGUUUUUAAAAAGUUUCUAGAAGCGAAGAAGCAGGGUGUUCCAUGAUGUCAUAUCCUGUGUUUAAAUCGAUUGGUUGCUUACUGUGUAAUCUGCAUUGCCAUUGGCUAGUUAUGACUGGUUAAUCAUGUUGUUGUUCUAAAAAUGGCCGAACUUUGUUUUUGUCAUGAUUUUGUAUUUGUCGUUGAUAUAUUUUGGAUGUGGGUUCUCAGUGUAGUGCAUUAUGAAGGGGAAUAGGGUGCAGCAGCCUUGAACCACUUCACAUGUAGUCAAACAGUAGUCAAACAAACCAAACAGACUAAAAGAUGAAGCACAUUCAUACUGUACCAUUGACAUCAACGUCUCACUGAAACUAACUGGUGGACCAAGUUAGAGCUGUCACCUGUUAGGCUUUGGCUUGACUAAGUGCCAAUACACAGUAGAGCUGAAGUUGAACAUCUUCUCAUUUUUAUACAAGAAAUAAACCAUUUGCCUUCAUUUUUCCAUCGUGAGUCCAGAAAUAGUACAUAUGUGGAUAGAUGAAUCAGGGUUCUGUUAAUCUGAAAUGUAACCACUUUAGCUCAAUGCUAAUAGUAUAGAAUCUUUGCUGGUAUGUGUUAUGCCAUAAUUGUUUUUCUGUAUAAUUUUUUUAAACCGUUAAUUUCAAAAUGGCUCUUAUUGUCAUUGUAGACCAUUGCCUGUGUGUGAAACAUGAGACUAGAUAUUGAAAAGAGAAAUGCUAAAAUGAUCAUUACAUAUGUAUAUAAUUGAAUGGUACUUUUGUAAAUCAUUGAGCUGUGAACCACCAUGACUUGUGGAGCUGGUCUACAGGACAGGUACUGCCUUCUCUGUCAAUUCUUCUGAAACCGUUUCAAUGGAUUUCAAACAUCAUCCUUAAAUCAUUUGCCAAAUAGUUUUCACGUCGUCAUCAGCUCGUUUGUUUUAUCUGCUAUGCAACUGCUUCAUCAUUUUGAAUCACUCCUCAAAUAUAUUUUAAUACUAAACCAA